CAACGGCAGGACGAUCAAACGCGUCUGAGCACUCGCUCAUUUACGUUACGUAAAAUGGCCAGCAGAAUAUUUCUGUUGUGCCUGUUUGUUUCGUGUCUGACUGUGAAUUAUAUAGAAUGUGGUAGAGGCGGGGGAAGGAGCCGAGGAGGGAGCGGUGGCAGAAGCAGAGGAGGUUUCUCUUUUGGCUUUGGUUCUUCGAGCCACGGUUCUAAGCACAGUUGGGGCUCAAGCUCUUCAUCGUCUUCACAUGGCUACCCCUCAUCAUCAUCAGGACUUUCGGGAUCAGGAUCACACGGAUAUCCUUCAUCGUCCUCUGGUUUAUCUGGUUAUGGGUCCGGCCGUCAUUCAUACCCUUCGUCGUCAUCAGGGUUAUCUGGAUAUGGUUCUAACUCACACACAUAUCCAUCAUCGUCCUCAGGAUUGUCUGGAUACGGCUCUGGUGGUAAAUAUUCCUCAUCAUCUUCUGGAUCUACAUGGCACUUUGGAUCAUCUAGUUACCCGUCAUCAUCAUCAGGACUGUCUGGCUCUGGGUCGAGUUACAGACCUACGUCGAAUCACCAUUAUUACCAUACCAACGUGCCGUACUCCUCACACCCAACAACAUACUACUCUGCACCGCAGUACGUAUAUGUACAGGAUUAUAGAAACUCCGACAGUCGUUACGGAGACUUGCUGACUGGUUUGUCGCUGUACAACCUCGGCCGCUCACACAGUCACUACCAUAACCACUACUAUUAUGACGAUUACUACAGACACAGGUAUGAUACCCCAUCAUACGGUUCCUCCUACUACAGAUCACAGAACAAACCACAAGACGAAGCAAAUUGCGUACUGAAAGUAAAAGAAAACGGACGAGAGGAAGCGCUGAAAAUACCUUGUGAAAUUGUUUCAACCUUUACUCAAGAUAGUAAAAAAGUGGAUCUACCGCAGCAAACUCAGGUGAAUAAAACUAAGUGUACGACAACUAUUACCAACAAGCCAGUGCCAGUAACUACAACAUCCACUACGACAACGACAACGACGACGACGGCCAAACCAUUUAAUGAUUUUCCAGAUAAUUUCGACAACCUUUCAUUGAACGAAAUGUUGGCUUACGCCGAUGCGGUCGGGAAAAUGACGUUAGCGCCAAACGGUACUCUUAUAAUGCCACCGAUAAGCCCUCGUCCACAGUCUAUUCCAAGCUUUACCUUGCCAGAGUGGGAACCCACGAAGGCUGUAACCACCACGGAGCCACCGCACCCACCUGUAACGACAGUGACUACAGAGACUUCAUCAGUGAACGGUACUGUAUCAUACAUCACCAAGACGGUAACAACUAACGCAACUAUGGUGAAUGUGACAGUGUGUACAACUAAUUCGACAUUUGUUGAUCCUUUGAGUGCAAAAGGGCCACCGGUAGACCCUAACAAUAUGGAGUGUGCCGUAGAAAUUCAAACAAAAGACGCUUAUUUACGUAAUGGUGUCGAUUGUAAAACUUUAAUGAAAUACGCCAAAAUGCCGGAGCCAAAGCCGGACACUGGCAUAUUACCCCCUAGAGAAAAACUGAAAACGUGGUUAGACAACCCUCCAUGGUGGAUGUCACUGUUUAUUGCUGUGUAAAUUAAGUACAAAAGUGGUGUUUGACAGUUUAAGCGUGUUUCAACUGUCAUUAAUUUGUUAUUUAUGUUACGAGUACCUAAUGGAUAAAUACGUUGAAUGCUCUUUAUUUUAUGUACAUUAUUUUAUCUACAUGUAUACAGGAUAAAUAAUAAUGAUUUAAAACGGAAUGUACAGGAUAAGUUUUUAGCUAUUGUUAGCAAGAAGUAGGUACAUAUAUAGCUACUAUCAAACAAAUAAAUGAAUACAUACGUACUUAGGUAUUAUUGGUAUAUAUAUU